AUGGAACCGGGAAUGCGGCUGCUCGACGUGGACAACCUCGACAGCAUCCGGCUUGUGGAGUUCUCUGGUGACAUCAACGUCGAAUACACGAUCCUCUCACAUUGCUGGAGCCAUGACGAAACGACGCCCGAGGUCGACUACCGGAGCUUUUGCAUGCUGGACUACGAUGUCGAAGGUGCAGGCUGGAGAAAGAUAUUAAAAUGUUGCGAAUUGACCAAAGCCGCUGGCCAUCGAUACACCUGGAUCGACACCUGCUGCAUCGAUAAGAGCAGCAGUGCGGAGCUAUCUGAGAGCAUCAACUCCAUGUUCACGUGGUACAAGAAUGCCGUCGUCUGCUACGUGUUCAUGAACAACUGCCAUGUUAUGCAACUACCUCCGCUCUACAGUAUCGACCGAGAAGAGCGGUGGCAGGAGGGGCUCGAUCGCGCCAUCGUUCAAGAUGUGGAAACGUUUACUGACGACAGAUGGUUCACCAGAGGCUGGACCCUGCAAGAGCUGGUCGCACCGAGCUCGCUAGUGGUCUACAACAGCGACUACGCCUGCCUUGGGACGAAGAAGGAUCUAGUGGUACUCCUAUCCCAUGCUACAGGUAUAGAAGAGCGCUACCUCGCGGGAGAAGACAUCGCCAAAGCGAGCGUGGCUCAACGCAUGAGCUGGGCUUCUCGACGGACGACUCAUCGUAUCGAAGAUGUCGCCUAUUCGAUGCUUGGCAUCUUCGACGUCAAUAUGCCACUGCUUUAUGGCGAGGGGAGCAAAGCCUUCCUGCGCCUUCAAGAAGAGAUCUUGAGACGGAUUGAUGAUCAGUCAGUCCUGGCAUGGGGCUUGAAAGAGGAUGGACGCCACCUAUCCGGCGUGCUAGCGGACCACCCACGAGCCUUCAAGGAUUGCCACUUCAUCGUGAAACAUGACCCAAGUGGAGCAGUCUUGCUAAGGACACCUUACAAUCUGACUCCCAAAGGUCUUGCCCUCUACCAAAGAUCAGUAUUCCGGAUGGAAUUCUUGAAGAGCGCCGCUGUCUCGAUGACUGAAGGCUCCGCAUACGACGAACAUGCCAUUGACUUGGACUGCUACGAGGCGGGACCAGCGAAGUCUUACCAGAGACACAACAUGCAGAGUCGUAUACGACUGAUGAUUUGCCAUACCCAAGGAUCCUGGUAUCGAAGUAGGGUAGUACGACACUCGGUUCGCAAGCGAUCGAAGAUGCAGAUCCGUGUAGGAAUCGAACGGAUAGUGUACGUUAGUACCACGGGCAAUGGACUCGACCACUGCAGAUUGCGAGAGGUUGUCCACAAUGACACAGCAGCACCACGAGCGGUGUUGGACGUGAGCGCGGUGGCCUUCCUCGCUAUACUUGUAACUGGGCUCCUAUAUCUGAUCCUGAUCGCGAGGUCGUGGCCGGAAAGCUACGUGCUCACGACUGCUCUCGUGAUUCUCACCAAUAGGUUACUUGGUGAUGGAGGCCUGUUUAUAACCCUCCUUCUCGGAGUCAUACUUGCCGCUGCUGCGCCCUCGGAACACUCUCUCUGGUCGACAUGA